CUUUUGGGACAUCUGGCAACACAAUCAAAUAAAGUUCCGGGUUGGAGUGGAACCAAUCCAUUUAGUUACAAGUUCCAGUUCGGAUUCAGCCAUGUCCAAUAUGUUUACGCUGCACGACCAUUUAUUUAUAACCAAUUGCUAAGCUCUGCGAUGGACACCGCCCAGUUGGAGCACGCUCCACCCGCAGAUCCCGGUCCCAGCCGUAAUCGUAUGUGGCAUAUGUGGUGUCGCCUGUGUGCCAAAGACGACCUGGAGGGCAAUAAAAAUGUGUUCCUCAAAAACGAAGACUCCGGCGAGGCAUUCUCCUUGGAACUGGCCACCGCCAUUGGCAAGUACUUCUGGGUGAAUAUAACACGGGGUGAGGAACUGCCGGAGAUGAUUUGCACUGAGUGCCUGUCGCUGGUCACCUCGCUGGUGAAUUUCUCGGAGCGGAUCACCCGGGUGCAGAAGCUCUACUGCAUCCUGCAAAGCACGUCCAGUCAGGAGGACAUAGAUCUACACGAGCUGCGCUCAAAAUUUGGUUUGCUGGACGAGGAGACUUUGACAGAGGUCCACUAUGUGGAUAGGAAGCCAAAACUGGACGUGGAGGUGGACUUCCUACCAGAGGAGUUGGAGAACCCAUUAACGCCGGAGGGAAAGCUGAAGCAGGAUCAGACUGACGAGGAACCAGAGCAGGAAGAGCCGGUUGACCAGGAUCCAGACUACGAAGCCGACGAAGACGCCGUGCUACUAAAGCUUUGCGAUGCUUAUGGCAUCCAGGACGACAACUCCUCCAGUGGCAGCUUGAGUGACUCCUCGCCAAGGCAAGAAAAAGCUGGAAAGGGGGCAUCCGACUCCGACAAAAGACACCAGUGCAGCGAGUGUUUGCGUAACUAUGCCACCGCCAGGACCCUGCAACGUCACCUACGGCAGGAUCAUGGCAAGAUUGAGCAGUCAUCGGAUCAGUUUCAAUGUCCAGAUUGCCCCAAAAAGUUCCGGCUUCACUAUCAGCUGGAGCGGCACAGGAACUGGCACGUGCCCCUGCCCAAGCGAAAGCAAUAUGCCUGCAAUAGUUGCGACAAGAAGUUCGCCACCAGUGCGUCCGCCCAGCAGCACGAACAGUAUAUGCACCUGGAUGAGCGGCCGAGGCCGGUGAUUUGCGAACAGUGCGGCGUGGGUGUCCAUUCGAUGAGCGCGCUCAAGGAGCAUGUCCUUAAGCACACAGACUAUGCGCCCUUCGAUUGUGAGGUGUGCAAGAAGUGCUUCAAGUCGGCCAAUCGAUUGAAACGCCACAAGGACACGCACGAUCCGCACAAGUACAUCUGCCCGGAGUGCGGCAUGCAGCUGAAUUCGCGGACCACUCUGAAUCGCCAUCGGCUGGUGCACACGGAUCAAAUGCAGCACAAAUGCGACUACUGUGGCCGGGAGUUCAAGCGGGCCAAGGCCCUCAAGAACCACCUCAUCCUGCACACUGGCUUAAAGCCGUACUCCUGCGACUUUUGUGAUCGCACCUUUGCCAAUGGCUCUAACUGUCGCACGCACAAGAAGAAAUCGCAUCCCGAGGAGCUGGCCGCUCAGGAGGCGGCGGGCGGUGGCAAGUCCCAUAACCGAAAUAUUCCCAAGCUGGAGGCGCUCAAGGCGUUCACCAAAAACAAGGACAACCUUUCGCCGGUGGCCACCAAACAAAGCGGUUGUUUCGCCUUCGGAAAGAAACCCAAGCAAUCCAUCAAGGAUGCUGCCAGUCUCCCGCCUGCUUCGAAUCCCACUCCCCCUCAAGACGCCCAGCCAGAACCAGCGCCAAAUCCUUCAGCUUCGGCCAUACCCACGAUAGACAAUAUAUACAAUCACAUCAUGAUUGACUACCGCUGAGGACUACUAGCCUUUAGGCUAGAGUGAUUCUUAACUUAUAAGUUUCAUUGAAAUUCAAAAUCUGUUUACUUGCUACU